CGGCAGCGCGCGCGCGCGCGUGUGCAUUAAAGAGACAGGGGUUUAUUUCCAACAGGUCUUUCCCUAAUUUCCAGGGAAGGUCUGCAGAGUGGACCCAGGGGAUCCGGGGUCUCGGGUGUGUGCGGUGGUUGCUGUCGCCUGGGCAGCGCUGCGGUGACCCGAGGGUCUCACCAUCGUAGUCUCACCGUAGCUCCUGCUAGCCAGUGCUUUCGCAGUUGCCCCGGAGUGGGAGGGGGUGUGUCCCUCCCCGGAAUCAGGCUCCAGGACCUCCCGCAGCGCGGCAAGCAGGUUCCCAGAGACCCCGGCUCUUGGGGCUACCCGUGCUUUGUCCUCGGGCCGCUGACUGCUCAGAGGUGGACGCUUGGGCGCCUCGAGCCCCGGCCCCGAGUGCUCCCCUCUGGGGACUGAAACACACCCGGAAUCUGGCUUCUCGGUCUAUGUAUUCCAAUCUUUCUGUUUCUGCAAGCCUCGGGAGCUGGGGAUUCAGGGCUUCUGUGGCAUUCAGCUCCCGACUGUUUGUAGGGUCGCUCAGAUCCCGGGUCCCUGACUUGGCCUUGGGGGCGCGCUCCCGGCUCUGGAGCCCAGGCCUGCGCCGUCAGCCUCGCCCCAACCACCUCUCUCCAGGCGGCGUCGGUUUCCCCGGGCCCUGACACUAGCCUUCCGGACACGCGACCCUCCAAACUUGGGCUGGAUUUCUCUCGCCAGCGCGCUCCCGCACGCCUCCCCUAGCCCGCUGCAGAGCUCUCAACUUGGAGGCUCAGCUCUCAACUUCGGGUGAUUUUUUUCUUUCCUAGCUUUCACUGGGCAAAGUUUCCCGAGCGCUGCCACGAGCUACGGGCUAGCACUCCGGCCCUCGGCGUCCCCUGGCGGGGAGGGGAAGUGGGUGUGCGCACAGAGGAGGGUGUCCGGGACCUACUCUACCUGGUUUUCUUCCGCCCGCUCCUCUCUUGACUGGGCUGAAGCGUCCGGGAGCACUCUGCCCCCAGCCCCCACUUCAAUAAUUUUUCAUUUUAGGGUCGGUGAGUGUGUGUGUGUGCCGGGGGGGAGUGGAGCGGGGCGCAAGUCUUGCUCCCCUCCCUCCUCCCUCCCACCCCGCCGCCCCUUUCUUCUCUCCGGGCCACGCCACAGCCGCGGCGCUCGCUGCGGCCACUGGCACUGAUGAAGAUAUUUUCUCUGGAGUCUCCUUCUUUCUAACCCGGCUCUCCCGAUGUGAACCGAGCCGUCGUCCGCACGCCGCCGCCGCCGCCGCCGCCCGCCCCGCAGCCCACCAUGUCUCGCCGCAAGCAAGGCAAACCCCAGCACUUAAGCAAACGGGAAUUCUCGCCCGAACCUCUUGAAGCCAUUCUUACAGAUGAUGAACCAGACCAUGGCCCGUUGGGAGCUCCAGAAGGGGACCACGACCUUCUCACCUGUGGGCAGUGCCAGAUGAAUUUCCCACUGGGGGACAUUCUUAUUUUUAUCGAGCACAAACGGAAACAAUGCAAUGGCAGCCUCUGCUUAGAAAAAGGUGUGGAUAAGCCGCCUUCCCCUUCUCCCAUCGAGAUGAAAAAGGCAUCCAAUCCUGUGGAGGUUGGCAUCCAGGUCACGCCAGAGGAUGACGAUUGUUUAUCAACGUCAUCUAGAGGAAUUUGCCCCAAACAGGAACACAUAGCAGAUAAACUUCUGCACUGGAGGGGCCUGUCCUCUCCUCGGUCUGCACACGGAGCUCUAAUCCCCACGCCCGGGAUGAGUGCAGAAUAUGCCCCGCAGGGUAUUUGUAAAGAUGAGCCCAGCAGCUACACAUGUACAACUUGCAAACAGCCAUUCACCAGUGCAUGGUUUCUCUUGCAACACGCACAGAACACUCAUGGAUUAAGAAUCUACUUAGAAAGUGAACACGGAAGUCCCCUGACCCCGCGGGUUGGUAUCCCUUCAGGACUAGGUGCAGAAUGUCCUUCCCAGCCACCUCUCCAUGGGAUUCAUAUUGCAGACAAUAACCCCUUUAACCUGCUAAGAAUACCAGGAUCAGUAUCGAGAGAGGCUUCCGGCCUGGCAGAAGGGCGCUUUCCACCCACUCCCCCCCUGUUUAGUCCACCACCGAGACAUCACUUGGACCCCCACCGCAUAGAGCGCCUGGGGGCGGAAGAGAUGGCCCUGGCCACCCAUCACCCGAGUGCCUUUGACAGGGUGCUGCGGUUGAAUCCAAUGGCUAUGGAGCCUCCCGCCAUGGAUUUCUCUAGGAGACUUAGAGAGCUGGCAGGGAACACGUCUAGUCCACCGCUGUCCCCAGGCCGGCCCAGUCCUAUGCAAAGGUUACUGCAACCAUUCCAGCCAGGUAGCAAGCCACCCUUCCUGGCGACGCCCCCCCUCCCUCCUCUGCAAUCCGCCCCUCCUCCCUCCCAACCCCCGGUCAAGUCCAAGUCAUGCGAGUUCUGCGGCAAGACGUUCAAAUUUCAGAGCAACUUGGUGGUUCACCGACGCAGCCAUACUGGUGAGAAGCCCUAUAAGUGCAACCUGUGCGACCACGCGUGCACACAGGCCAGCAAGCUGAAGCGUCACAUGAAGACACACAUGCACAAAUCGUCCCCCAUGACAGUCAAGUCCGACGAUGGCCUCUCCACAGCCAGCUCCCCGGAACCUGGUACCAGCGACCUGGUGGGCAGCGCCAGCAGUGCGCUCAAGUCAGUGGUGGCCAAGUUCAAGAGUGAGAACGACCCCAACUUGAUCCCAGAGAACGGGGAUGAGGAGGAAGAGGAGGACGACGAGGAAGAAGAAGAAGAGGAGGAAGAGGAGGAGGAGGAGCUGACGGAGAGCGAGAGGGUGGACUACGGCUUCGGGCUGAGCCUGGAGGCUGCACGCCACCAUGAGAACAGCUCUCGGGGCGCAGUGGUGGGCGUGGGCGACGAGGGCCGCGCCCUGCCCGAUGUCAUGCAGGGCAUGGUGCUCAGCUCCAUGCAGCACUUCAGCGAGGCCUUCCACCAGGUCCUGGGCGAAAAGCAUAAGCGUAGCCACCUGGCCGAGGCCGAGGGCCAUAGGGACACUUGUGAUGAAGACUCGGUGGCCGGUGAGUCAGACCGCAUAGACGAUGGCACUGUUAAUGGUCGUGGCUGCUCCCCCGGCGAAUCGGCUUCGGGGGGUCUGUCCAAAAAGCUGCUGCUGGGUAGCCCCAGCUCGCUGAGCCCCUUCUCCAAGCGCAUCAAGCUGGAGAAGGAGUUUGACCUGCCCCCGGCCGCGAUGCCUAACACGGAGAACGUGUAUUCGCAGUGGCUCGCUGGCUAUGCGGCCUCCAGGCAGCUCAAAGAUCCCUUCCUUACUUUCGGAGACUCCAGACAAUCGCCUUUUGCCUCCUCAUCAGAGCACUCCUCGGAGAACGGGAGCUUGCGCUUCUCCACACCGCCCGGGGAGCUGGACGGAGGGAUCUCAGGGCGCAGCGGCACAGGAAGUGGAGGGAGCACGCCCCAUAUUAGUGGUCCGGGCCCGGGCAGGCCCAGCUCAAAAGAGGGCAGACGCAGCGACACUUGUGAGUACUGUGGGAAAGUCUUCAAGAACUGUAGCAAUCUCACUGUCCACAGGAGAAGCCACACGGGCGAAAGGCCUUAUAAAUGCGAGCUGUGCAACUAUGCCUGUGCCCAGAGUAGCAAGCUCACCAGGCACAUGAAAACGCAUGGCCAGGUGGGGAAGGACGUUUACAAAUGUGAAAUUUGUAAGAUGCCUUUUAGCGUGUACAGUACCCUGGAGAAACACAUGAAAAAAUGGCACAGUGAUCGAGUGUUGAAUAAUGAUAUAAAAACUGAAUAGAGGUAUAUUAAUACCCUCCCUCACUCCCACUUGAUGCCCCCCUUCCACCCCUUCCCCAUUGUCCUUCCAGCCCUACUCCCUGUAGGAUUUUUCUAGUCCCAUGUGAUCAAACAAACAAACAAACAAACAACAGAGGUAAUGGAAGCUAAGAAUAUGAAUGAGUGCUUGUCACCAGCACACCUGGUUUUUUGUUUUGUUUUUCCUUUUUUUUUUCUUUUUCUUCUUCUUUUUUUUAAAUUUUAAAUUCUUUAUGUUCUCACCGUUUGAAUGCAUGUUUGGGGCAAUACUAUUGCAUUUUACGCAAACUUUGAGCCUUUCUCUUGUGCAAUAAUUUACAUGUUGUGUAUGUUUUUCCCCCCUUAACUUAGACAGCAUGUAUGGUAUGUUACGGCUAUUUUAAAUUGUCCCUAAUUCAUUAUGAGCAAACAUGUUGUUGCUGUUUCCAGUUCCAUUCUGAGAGUGUGAGGGAGGGAGGGUAGAAAACAACGCAUGCUGCAUACAUAAUUCUGUAAUACAGAUCAUGUGCAGCUUUAUUUUAUAACACGAGGAGGGAAACGGUGUCUGGGUUGACUAACCCUCUGCAGACAGAGCAGAUAGCAGUGAAAAAAAGGUGCUAAAUGUCUGUCUCUAAAGGGUUACAUGUAUUAAUUGGAGAGGGAAAAAAGGCCUUGAAUUGACAAAUUAACAGAAGAACAAGUUUAUUCUAUCAUUUGGCUUUUAAAAUGAGUGCCUUGGAUCUAUUCAAACCAUGUUGAUGGUUUUUUUUCUGCUUGUUAUAAACUUGUAGUUUAAUCUAGCAUUGGGUGAGGUAAUAAACUUUAGGACCUAGCAUGUAAUUCUGUGUUGUAUUUCUCACAACAAUGGCUACCUAAAAAUAUGACCCAUUAUGUCCUAGUUAAUCAUUGAUUUUUGCCUUUAACUUUGUGAACAAAACUGAUUAUACCAGUAUAAAAGCUACUUUGCUCCUUGUGAGAGCAUAAAAGAAAUGGGCUGUUUCGCCUAAAGUUUUAUUUUAUUUUAUUUUUAAAUGGUUAUCAAAUUGAAUGUGAAAUGUGCAAAGGCCCUGGAAUGUGAUGAAAUACAUUAGCAAGAAGUUCAUCUUGUGACAAUACUUGUUUAAAAUGAUGCAUUUAAUGAAAUUCUGGCGCCAAAAGAAGUAGAUCCGGCUCUAGUUGGUUGUUGAGUGGACAAUAAAAUGAUAAAGCCCUUUAGAGGACAUUUGAAAGAACAGGCUGAUAUGAUGAGAGAGAGAGAGAGAGACAGAAAACGGUAGUGAUUGGUUAGCACGAUGUAGUACUGUUUGCCAUUUGAAACUAGAACAGGUGUAUAAGGGGCCAGCGAUACAAUGAUGAUUAACUCUGAAGCUCUAAGACUUGCAUUUAAUGUGACAGUCUUCAAAAAGAAGAGGAAGACCUUUAAGAGCAGCAGUAUCUAUGUCUGUGCUCCCUGGAAGUUGUACUUCAUUUCUUUUCCAUACACUGUGUGCUAUUUGUGUUAACAUUGAAGAGGAUUUGUUUUUAUUUUGUUUUAUUCUUUCUUUCUUUCUUUUUUCUUCCUUCUUUGUUUUAAGCUAGCAUCUGCCCCAGUUGGUGUUCAAAUAGCACUUGACUCUGCCUAUGAUACCUGUAUCUUUUCUCUAAUCAGAGAUACAGAGGUUGAGUAUAAAAUAAACCUGCUCAGAUAGGACAAUUAAGUGCACUGUACAGUUUUCCCAGUUUACAGGUCUUUAUUAAGGGAAACGUUGCAAGAAUGCUGAAAACAAUUGAACACAAUCUCAAUGAUGAGCAUUAAAAAAUAAUAAAAAAAAACAAGCAAACCUAAAAAAAACUAAGACAGACGUUGCCAGCCAUUGACUUGACUAUUGAGCUUCCUCACUUGGAUGCAACAUUGCAAGCGCUGUGGAUGGAAACAACACACUUAACAUAGAAACGAAUGACUCCUUUGCUUCUACAGUGCAAGGAUUUUUGUACAAAACUUUUUUAAGUAUAAAUGUUAAGAAAAGAAUUUUUAAAAAGACACUUCAUUAUGUUUAGGGGGGAACAGCAUUUUAGGGUUCCAUUGUCUUGGUGGUGUUACAAGACCUGUUAUCCAUUUAAAAAUGGUAGUGGAAAUUCUAUGCCUUGGAUCACACACCGCUCUUCAGGUUGUAAAAAAAAAUGAAAACAAAACAAAACAAAAAAAAAACAUACAUGGGGAAAGGUUUAAGAUUAUAUAGUACUUAAAAAUAGGAAAACGCACACUCAUGUUGAUUCCUAUGCUAAAACACAGUUAUGGUCUUCUUUCUGUAUUUCUAGAAUGGUAUUUGAAUUAAAUGUUCAUCUAGUGUUAGGCACUAUAGUAUUUAUAUUGAAGCUUGUAUUUUUAACUGUUGCUUGUUCACUCAAAAGGUAUCAAUGUACCUUUUUGUUAGUAGAAAAAAAAAGACAGGCUGCCACAGUAUAUUUUUUUAAUUUGGCAGGAUAAUAUAGUGCAAAUUAUUUGUAUGCUGAGAGAGAGAGAGAGAGAGAGAGAGAGAGAGAGAGAGGUGUGACAUUGUACAGAGAAGCCAUAUAAUGGCGGUUUGGGGAGCCUGCUAGAAUGUCACAUGGAUGGCUGUCAUAGGGGUUGUACAUAUCCUUUUCCCCCUUUCCUGCUGCCAUGCUGUACGCAGCACUGCAAGCUAAUAGCGUUGGUUUGUUAUGUAGUGUGCUUUGGCCCCUCCUCCCCGCUCACCCGACAUUCCAGCAUCUUACCUUCAUAUGCAGUAAAAGAAAGAAAGAAAAAAAAAAAGGAAAAAAAAAACAACAACAAUGUUUUGCAGUUUUUUUCAUUGCCAAAAACUAAAUGGUGCUUUAUAUUUAGAUUGGAGAGAAUUUCUUAUGCAAAGCAUAUUAAAGAGAAAGCCCGCUUUAGUCAAUACUUUUUUGUAAAUGGCAAUGCAGAAUAUUUUGUUAUUGGCCUUUUCUAUUCCUGUAAUGAAAGCUGUUUGUCGUAACUUGAAAUUUUAUCUUUUACUAUGGGAGUCACUAUUUAUUAUUGCUUAUAUGCCCUGUUCAAAACAGAGGCACUUAAUUUGAUCUUUUAUUUUUCUCUGUUUUUAUUAUUAUUUUUUUUAAUUUGGAUGACCAAAGGUCAUUGCAACCUGGCUUUUUACUGUAUUUGUUUCUGGUCUUUGUUAAGUUCUAUUGGAAAAACCACUGUCUGUGUUUUUUUGGCAGUUGUCUGCAUUAACCUGUUCAUACACCCAUUUUGUCCCUUUAUUGAAAAAAAAUAAAAAAAUUAAAGUACUA